AUGUUUAAUGAAGAAGAAAACCCAUUGGACCAACUUCCAGGGCCACCGAAAUGGCCCAUCGUUGGAAGCGCUUUGAAUUUUAUUGGGAUGUCUCAUAUUGACCUCUUUAAUAUGAUGCUUGAAUUUCCAAAAAAGUAUGGGUACCGAUACGUGAUCAAGGUGUUCGGUCGGCGUAUUAUACAUAUCUACAACGUAGGGGAUAUAGAGAUUGUAUUAUCGCAUUCAAGAAAUAUUACGAAAACUAUGCCAUACUCAUUUCUUGAACCAUGGCUCGGGACUGGAUUGUUGAUAAGUACAGGUAGCAAAUGGCAUCAACGUCGGAAAAUUUUAACCCCAACAUUCCACUUCAAUAUACUAAAGAAUUUUUCAAAAGUGUUUGAAGAGAAAAGUCGUGACCUGGUAAAUAGGCUAAAACAAAUGCCUGAGGAAUAUGUGGAUCUUUUUCCUGUUAUCAGCGACUUUACGCUCUACACAAUUUGCGAAACAGCAAUGGGAACCCAGCUCGAUUUUGAUAAUUCUACAAGUAGCGUUGAAUACAAAGAAUCGAUUAAGCAAAUUGGUAACCUAGUUGUAAGCCGUCUUACUAAAUUUUGGCUUCGUGCCGAUUUAGUGUUUUAUCAGACAACAUUGGGGAAACAAUUUGUCAAAUGCUUGAAUACAGUCCAUUCAUUUGCGGAUAAUGUUAUUAUGAAGAGGAAAAGGAAGAUAAUUCAAAAUGAUAGUUCAUUGAUACAGAAUUUCGAUGAAAAUGCUGACGAAGAUACUAAAAAACGACUCGCCUUUUUGGAUUUACUGAUUGAAGCCGAGAACAAAGGAGAAAUAAAUAUGGAAGGAAUUCGUGAAGAAGUAAAUACGUUCAUGUUUGAAGGCCAUGAUACUACCGCCAUGGCUCUGAUUUAUGGCCUCAUGUUGUUAGCUGAUCACGAAGAAGUUCAGGAGAAAAUUUACGAAGAGUGUAAAACUAUAUUUGGCGAUUCGGACCGAAAGCCGAGUUGGUCCGAUUUAGCGGAGAUGAAAUAUCUAGAAGCGACCAUCAAGGAGACAUUACGGCUUUAUCCUAGUGUACCAUUCAUUGGAAGAAAGGUUACUGAAGACUUUAUGUUGGAUGAUUUGCCAGUGAAGAAAGGCGUUGAAAUACUAGUACAUAUAUAUGAUCUGCAUCGUCGUGAGGACAUCUACCCGGAAGCAGAGGCCUUCAAACCAGAACGGUUCCUUAACGGAGAAGUUCGUCACCCGUAUGCUUAUAUACCGUUCAGUGCUGGACCGAGAAACUGUAUUGGUCAGCGAUUCGCGAUGCAGGAAAUGAAAUGUGCCCUCAGCGAGAUCUGUCGAAACUUCAGGCUGGUGCCGAAAAUGAAAGGGGCCCGACCAACGCUUAAGACCGAUAUUAUACUGCGAACCGUCGAACCUAUACAUGUCAAGUUUUUACCACGUUAG